GAUGCUUCUAAAAAUCUUCUUUUGUGUUCUGCUGAAGAAAGAAAGUCAUACACAUCUGGGAUGGCAUGAGUGUGAUUAAAUACAUUUUAAUUUUUGGAUGAAAUAUCCUUGUUAGUCUAUACACUAACUAAUACAUUUAAAUAUCCACAUAAACGCUGACAAGUUUAAUAUUGCAUGCUUAGUAUUAUUCAAAUAUAUAAUGCAACUUCCCUUCAAGACAGGACAGAUGAGAUAAGACAGUCUGAUACUUCCUGACAGGCUGCCUUUAAAGCACCUUAAAUAAGAUCUCAGUUCCUGGGGGCCUUAGAGCUUCCUAAGCAAGCUGUCAGUGUGGCAUAGACUCAUAAGAUAUGUUUGUUAUUUAUUUGUUUAUUUUGUCCUGAAUCAGAUCACUGAUUAAAAAGAAAGAGAACAUGGAUGAUACAGUAUGUGUGUCAGGUGGAGAGAUAAACUGAGUUUGAAGAGAGUGAGACACUGUAAAUCAGGAUUAAUGUUAAUGUAAUGUAACCAACAAACCAGUCCUCUAUGUAAGACUGUUAAUUUUAGGGACAGUACCUACACAAAACAAAAGCAAACAAAGCAACUGGCACGCCAGUCUUUGUGCAGGGAACGAACAUACUUAUUUUUCACUUUUGAAAUGAUGGCAUUUAUAUUUUUUGUCUUGGUACUGGGAACUUCACUAUAGCAUUAAGUUGAUGAGGAGGAACUAAGGAUGUGAGGAUUCUUUGUUUUCAUAUCAACACUUCAAAACCUUCAAUAACUACUCUUUUGGGGUUCUUAAAAACAUUUUAAACCAUUCAAUAUAUGAAGGCGUAAACAGGUGUAUUAUAUAAGACCAGAGUGUGAAAAAAGUUGGUUAAGUCUGACAAUGGAAAAUACCUCCGGUUCCAGGGUGGUGCAUUUCCCUGUAUGAGUGCCAAGCUCAGAGAAAACGGUGCUGGGCAUAGAUUAUCAUUAGCUUCAUUUCGGAUUCAGCAUACAUGUCAACCAGCUGCAUUAAGACCAAAAAAAUAAAAAAAAAUACUAGUAGAGUGGGCAAAGCCAAAAAUGAUGUAGCCUACUGUUGUAUUUGUUAUUGCCUUGUCUUAUGGCUGUAGCAAAACAGCAAAUGCAGACUCUGUGUCUGUUUUUAUCGACAAUGAUGUAUAAACAUUAUGAGUACCACCACCAUCAUCAUCCUCAUAAUCUGCAUCUCUAGCUCUAUAAAAUGCAAGUUUUCAACACUAUGAAAUAUCUAAAUAUUUUAUUUAUUUAUUUGAGAGGAUACAUUUGAGAAAUAACGCAGGUCGUGUUUGGUUUGUACCGACCAAACCAACUUCCAUAUCAUACCGAAAGUAAAAGCAUGCAGUGGAUGUGUAGCCAGUUUUGGUGUUUGCCAAACAAUGCAGCACUGGCUCAAUGUUAUGUGAGGACACUUUACGCGUUUAUUAUUAGCUUUUUCUUAAUAACUUUAACAUGAGGAAUAAUAACUCUCGAAUAAAGAUGGAUCAUCUCUGUGAAAUAGAUGCUGAAGCGCAAGAUAUUGUCUCAGAUCCAGCGUUUGAACUCUUGCCUGACAGUGUUAUCUUGGAAUACCUUGAUUCCAUUCUGAGUGGAGCAAUCGAAGACUUAUUGGAUCCCGAUUUCCUUGAUAAAGAUUAUCUAAAUUUUCCAGCAGGCGACACAGACACAACCUGCACGCUGACACCAGAGGAAGAUCCUUUUACAGAAAAAAGGCAAAUUUCAAAACGCAAAGGUGAAACAACUCUGAACAAACCUUCCCACCAUAAACGCAACAAGAAAGAAACAGUGUGUGCAGAAAGUCCCUCGAAUGAAAGGAUGGCCACCAUUAUGUCUGAGGGUAAUUUCCGCUUAAGCUCAAAUACAUUCCAGCAUGUAUUACAAGUACCUUUGACUAGCAUCAGUGCCUUCGACAGUCCCCCUCUUCUGCCCACUAGUGGUGGUCCAGCAUUCCAGAUCAUCCAGACCCUCUGUCCUCUUACACCACCUUUAAUAAGCACUGUGGUUCAAACAGGGCCCACAUAUGUGCUUGUGUCACCCCAAUCUGUGAGUCCAGGCACUCAAAUACUUCCUCUUUCACCUACUGAUGGCACAGUUGCCCCACCAGAACUCACUACGUCAGUCCUCCCAAUUGGCUCAUUAUCAGACAGUGUGAGCAAGAGUUUACCAUCGGUAUCUGUAGGCACUCUCUCUCCAACAGAAGUUUCAAAUAGACAGCCACAAAAGAACACUGAAUCCUCUCCUCUCAAAACAGAAAGGAAAGUCCGUCCAGAAGCACCAAAAUGCGUGAUGGACUACGUGUGUCAUGCCAAAACCCACAUGAACAAUUCUUGCUGUGUUAUGCGUGGGGGUUUAAGAAUGGAGUCACACUACAUAGAAAUGCAUCUGGUCCAGAGGAAACUCCUAAUUAAAUCCGGCAAGAAUGCAAACAAGUGUCUGGAGAAAGAACUGGUCGUGCUCAGUGAUUCAGAGCGAAAGCAAGGAAAAUUGGACAGAAGUCAGUUGUUUCAUAACACUGCUUCCAGACCAAAACAGUCAGUCGCUCUCCUCGGAAAAGCCGGAGUGGGGAAAACCACAUUCAUCCAGCGUUUAUGUUUGGACUGGGCGAGUGGCAGCCUGCCUCAAUUUCAGUUCAUUUUUUUGCUGAACUGUAAGAUUUUAGACCUUACACAGUCGAGCUACAGCUUGAAAAGUUUACUGCUUGAUUUAUCGAUGUCUCCACGCUGCAAGGACUCUGAUGCUGUGUUCAAACACAUCCUCUCCUCUCCUGAUGAAGUUCUCAUUAUUUUCGAUAGCUUUGAUGACAUUAAAGACUUUGAGGGGCUUCUUCAGUCCCCUGCUAAAUCACCCACAGGCAAUAAAUACACCAUCAAACAGCUGUUCUCAGGACUGUUCCAGAAGGAAAUUCUCUCGGGCUGCACGCUUCUCAUUGCCACCAGGCCUAAAGAUGUUCUAAAUCAGGUUUUGCGAAAAAUGGACAGCCUUUUGGAGCUUUGUUGCUUUUCUCCGGAGGACAUAGAGCUUUACACAUCAAAAUAUUUCAGGGACAUGUCAAUUCGGGAGAAUGCACUGACAAAAAUUAAGACUCAAAGAUACAUAUACAGUCUAUGCUCCAACCCACUACUUUGCUGGAUUACGUGCUACCUACUAGAGCAUCAAGAUGGCUGCUGUGACACUAUGCCUUCAACCCUCACAGACUUGUACCAAAGAGUGACCUCCAAACAUCUGCAGCUGGCUAACCAGGAGAAUAGCAUAUUAGAUAACAAAAACAGACAGAAUAUCCCACAGUUGUGCAAAAUGGCAUGGGAAUGUUUCAAGAACCAAAAUACGCAUGCAAACCUCAUCAGUUCUACAGAGCUGGUGGACUACGGUCUUAAAAGUGGUAUACUUACAUCCUACGAAACAUUGGCGCAUCAGGAAAACCACUUUGCAGACCUUUUCACUCAAAACCUCCUAGGUGCCGUGCACUUGGUACAAUCUAAACAGGUGAAUGAGAAAAUGCUUAUAGCCCACGGUGGGGUCCACCAGAAGAAACGGAAGAUUCAGGGAGAGUCGCAGGAUGUGAUGCAGAGGUUUGUCACAGGCCUACUCCUCCAGAAGACGCCAACUGAUGGAAUUAGCAUUCUGGAGAGCAGCAUGGACCUACAGGCCAAAAUGAAGGCUGUAGAAGCUCAUCUGGAGAACCUGAAGCCUAAUGAACUGGUUCCUGCCAGGUUACUUGAACUGUUUCAUUGUGUUUAUGAGACCAAUAGUGGGAAAUUUGCAAAACUGCUGUUGAAAAACCUGCCUCAAAAUCUGUCAUUCUGUGGGGUGCAGCUUUGCCCGUCUGAUGUGUACGUCAUAUGCCAUCUUCUUCAACAUGCCAUUGCAUUAAAGAGGUCCUUCUCCAUUAACUUGCAAGAUACAUGCAUUCCCAUCAGUGGACUUAAAGAGCUUGUGAGACUCCAAUGUAUAAAAUCAUUCUGGGCACACACAGCAGACACCAUUGGCUUAUGGGAGGACUUGCAUCAAAGCAAUGAUGAACUGAACUUGAAAAGUGCCAUUGAGAAAUUCACCUUGAACCCAUUCAAGGCAACACAAGGGUAUCACAUAGAGAACCUGCCUCUCCUGGUCCAGAUUCACAGAGAGAAGAAGUUACCAAUGAGUGAAUUUGUUUCUGCGCUGGAUGAAGGUGUACCAGCCCUCAUGCAGCUACAGAGAGUGGAAUUUGAGCUUGGAGUCCAGAAUGGUCCUGAACUUUUUCCAAAACUCAUAGAGGUUUUGCCUUCUCUGCAGUCUCUUGAGCAUCUGGACCUUGAGAAAAACAAAAUAGGAGACUCUGGAGCUGAGAAGUUAGCUGGCGCUUUGCACUUUUUGGCAUCUCUGAGAUUGUUAAAUUUGUCUCAAAACUGCAUUGGAGAUGCUGGAGUGGAGAAACUGUCUCAAGCUCUGGUAUCAGUCCCUUCUUUACAGAGUCUCAGUUUAUAUGGAAAUCUGAUUGCUGACACUGGAGCUGAACAUCUGGCCACAGUUUUACCAGACAUUAAACUCUUACAAGACCUGGACAUUAAGUUUAACAAGUUCACAGACAUUGGAGCUAAAAAGCUCAGCGCUGCUCUGAAAAAAUGCACAGGAAUGAAGUCUUUAGAGCUAUGGAAUGACUUCAUUCCUUAUGGAGUUUUUGAACACCUUCAUCAUCAAGACUCACGGAUAAGAUCUCUGUGACGUACUAUUUCAAAUUUCUACAUAUUGGACACUGUUACAAGCAUGUUUUUUUUUUCCAUACAAAAGCAUACUGUUGAUCACCAUAAGAUUCAACAUAUCAUCAUUAUUCAUCAAUGAAGACACUAAACUGUUUUGUUCACUUCAAGAUGUUUCAGUUUCUCAUAGAAAUCAUCACUAUUGAUGUGACUGAAAUGUGUAUAUUAUGGCUGCUUUGCACUUUCUGAACUGACCAAAAUAAACUUAUUUUUUACAACUUU